GGGGGGAGAGUUCGAAGUAGGGAACUUGGAACGGCCGGGCUGUGGACCCCGCGCGGACCGAGAGGGAGCACCAGCGGAAUCGCCGGGGUGGAGGGAGGACGCGGUGGAGGGAUGCGCCCGGGCGGGAGGAGCAGCCUCCCCGAAAGCCCCAGGCACACUGAGCGACCAGACCUGCGGGUCGAGGAGGGAUAGGUUGAGCCUGGGCUUCUCUCGAAGGCGGCGGGGCGGGGCGGGAGGUAGCUCCAGGUGUGAGGCCAGGGAAUGAGAGGGGUCCCCAGGAGAAGGGAAGCGGCAGAACAGCUGCAGAAAGUGCAGGGAGCGGGAAGAUUACUGGGGUAGCAGCUUCCCACCGCCUCCAGCAGGGGGAGGAGCAACAGCUGCCGAAUUCUCCAACUAGAGAAGGGGGAGGCGGAGCUUGGGUCCCUGUAGCAGCCGAAGGCGCAGCCUGGACUGUAGUUUCCCGGGAGAGACGAGAGCAGGAGGAGUGGAGCGGAGCUCAGUCCUCGGAGCAUCAGCUCCCGCAUCCCGCCAGGGGUUGCAGGUGUGUGGGAGGCUUGAAACUAUUCCAAUAUGGCUUUCCUUGGACUCUUCUCUUUGCUGGUUCUGCAAAGUUUGGCUUUAGGGACCACAUUCCCUGAUGAAACCAUUGCUGAGUUGUCAGUGAAUAUGUAUAACCAUCUCCGAGCCACUGGGGAAGAUGAAAAUAUUCUUUUCUCUCCACUGAGUGUCACCCUUGCAAUGGGAGUGAUGGAACUUGGGGCCCAAGGGUCUACCCUGAAAGAAAUCCGUCAUUCAAUGGGAUAUGACAGACUGAAAAAUGGUUUGUUGAAAGACUUGGUAUCCCCAAGAGAUUUUGAUGCCGUCACUCAUCUGGCCCUCAUCAAUGCUGUCUAUUUCAAGGGAAACUGGAAGUCACAAUUUAGACCUGAAAAUACUAGAACCUUUUCCUUCACUAAAGAUGAUGAAAGUGAAGUCCAAAUUCCAAUGAUGUAUCAACAAGGAGAAUUUUAUUAUGGGGAAUUUAGUGAUGGCUCCAAUGAAGCUGGGGGUAUCUACCAAGUCCUAGAAAUACCAUAUGAGGGAGAUGGGAUAAGUAUGAUGCUGGUCUUGUCCAGGCAGGAAGUUCCACUGGCCACUCUGGAGCCAUUGGUCAAAGCACAGCUGAUUGAAGAAUGGGCAAACUCUGUGAAGAAGCAAAAAGUGGAAGUGUACCUGCCCAGGUUCUCUUCUGUAUCUUUAGAUAUGCUUUCCUUUUUUUGUCUUAAUAUUAUUUAUUUGGGCAGUCUUUCUUCUUCAUGCAUCUUGUUAAAAAUUUGUCCAUUUCAUUAUAGCUCUCUGGGAAGAACGCUUAGCAUCCUUGCCUUCUUGACCUUUCUGCCCCAGUUCCCCAUCACCAUUUUGUAUAACAAAGAGAUUUUUCUCUCCAAAGCAAUUCACAAGUCCUUCCUAGAGGUUAAUGAAGAAGGCUCUGAAGCGGCUGCCACCUCAGGAAUGAUUGCAAUUAGUAGGAUGGCUGUGCUCUAUCCUCAAGUUAUUGUCGACCAUCCAUUUUUCUUUCUUAUCAGGAAUAGGAGAACAGGUACAAUCCUAUUCAUGGGACGAGUCAUGCACCCUGAAACAAUGAAUACAAGUGGACAUGAUUUUGAGGAACUUUAAAUCAUUUCAUUUGAAUGACAAGGAAAAUAGUAACUAAGCACAUUAUGUUUGCAACUGGUAUAUAUUUCAGAUUUGUGUUUUACAGUGUAUGUCAAGAUAAUAUUUAAAAUAGCUCCAGAUAAAAACAAUGUAUGUAAAUUAUAAGCCAACUUGUCGAUGAAUGUCAUCAGUGUUAUUGAGAUAGUGGUCCUGUCAUGUCAUUGUGUUUGUUGUGCUGGUAUUUAAAAUAAAAGUACAUAUUGAACAUGUGAA